CAUGUUGUUUGAAUCUCUUCUUCUUUGACCUAGAACGAGUUGGGGCGUUUUAUAUUCUCUGUUUUUAUAAAACAAAGCGAAUCGUUAAUGGAGAUCCAAUAUUGUCUCCAAUCUCGGUGAGUUCUUCUUUUCCUCUGCAUUUCACUCUCUCCCUCUUGUUGAUUAUCAAAAAUUUCUUGUGGAGGUAAGAUUUGGUGGGUUAAUGGUAGUAAGUGUAUGGGUGGAUGUUUCAAGUAUGAAUUGAGAAUGCUACGGUCUGAAUCGUUUGUUCUUGUAUAUGUCAGAUGCAUAUAAAAUGUUUGUAGAAAUGCUCUAUAGAGAUUCUGCAUUAAUCUUGUAUAUGUCAGCGAAUUUUUGUUUGGAAAAAGUGUAUAGAUCUAGAGCAUCUGACAAUAGUUCACAACCUAGAGUUUAUCGAGUAUCUGACAAUAGUUCUCUAGAACCCUCUGGUUAGAGAGAGACUUCAAAGAGAGCUUUAAUGUUAUUGGUCUUGCACAAUCUUCAGGUAACACUUUGAGGUUUUUGACUUGCAUCAAUGUUGAUUACUACUAAAGCAAAGAAAGAUACUAGAAUAUUUAGGUCAUCUUUAGAACAAUUAGUUGACAUCGCGGAGAAAAUUAGAGAAAAAAUUAAGUAUUAUCCAAAACACUUGCGAGUAAUAAAAAACAGUCCAUUCUGGAAUUUCUAUAGACCAUUUCAUGAAGGAAGACUUAAUCAAGAGGAUAUGAAGGAAAAACAAAUGGGUCUUGAGCAUAUCUUGAACACUUUCGAUCCAAUUAAACAAGUAUUCUUAUUUGAAGGGAAGGAGUUUAAGUCUACAGCAGAAAACCUUGCAGUCAUAUUUGGGUUACAGAGGAUCAAAGGGGGAGCAGAAUUUAAUACUAUUAGACACCCACAACCUGAAAUUCAUGUCGCCCAAAUAGUGUUUUGCAAAACAUAUCUAAAGGGAGAGCCAGGACUUCAAAAGAAAGAUAUUAUUGAUUCACUUUAUGCAACAGCAGAGGAUAUAACAAAACCAGACGAGUUUGUCAAAUUACUUGUUUUAUAUUUCUGCGUUCAGAUUUUCUUCCCUAGCAAGAGUGGAAACAAAAUAUCAAAGCUGUAUCUCAACUACAUUUUUGCAAUGGAUCAAGUGUCUUGGCCUGACUCGAUCCAUUCAUACUUGAUGGAAGGUUUAAUGGAAGCCGAGAAACCCUACAAAACACUCAAGGGUUGUACUGUCUACAUAUUGUUUUGGUUUGCUGAAGUUACGCACUUCAUCAGCAAAAUUGAGGGUGAACUAGGCAAUUGCAAACCUCGUUUUGUAAGGUGGAAUACUAGUGUGCUGGUCCAAAAGAUCAAGAGGGAAGGCAUGACCUCUCUGAAACAAGGUCUUACUGGAUCAUUCAUCGAUCCUCUGGAUGAAGGUGAACAGAGCCUAAUGACACCAAUUGAAAUACGUCAAGCCAAUUCAGAUAAGAUUGCUGAGAAGAUGGCCAGGGAUGAAGAGAGAGAUGAAAAUUGGGAGUUGAGUCCAGACAGAGAUGCUGAGGAGCUGGCUCCUAUCUUUCUGUCUAAAAAGAGAAAGAUAAGUAUCGAAGAGUCUCGCCCUUGGGAAGGAAAUUGCAUUUGUAAUCAUGAACCAGAACUUCUGCCUUCAUCGGAACCUAAGGAUAUAACUGACAUCCCUAUCUUCCUGACCCAGGAAUUCAUGGACAUACCUCUCUCCAGUGUGAAGGCUUUGCAUGGCAAGGACGACAUACACAUUGGGAACUAUUCGUCUUUCUCCAAAGAGAAAACUGCGGGAAUUGAAUCGAUUAAAGGGGAUGCUACAAUGGUCACAUCCUCUUUUAAGUGCCCGACUCCUGAAUACACCUUGUUAUCUAAAUCUACUUCUGUAAAUGCCAUUCUUUUGCUCACAGGGUCUACAAGCGCUUCUGCACAAGAGGGAGUGGAAGGAUUUGUAUAUGUGGAUAACUUCAAGAUUCCUGAAGAGUAUGAAAUCUUGUAUAAGAAGAUCUAUGGUAAGUAUGGGCAUAUUGCCACUAAAAAAGUCAUCAAGUUCAGUGAUACUGUAUUGCUGGCAUGUGUUAACAAUUUAUUGAAGAUCAUCUCGGCAAUGGAAACUAAGCGAGGGGAGGAACUGAGUGAAGAGUUGCUGGUGGAAUGGGAAGGAUUCAUCAAAGAUGCUGAGGCUUUGAAAUUCAAUAUUAAAUGGCUUCAAAAUGGAUUUAAUCGACUUAAAAACCAUUGGAUGUCUUUACAUAGAGAAGUUGAAAGUGAUGAACAAGUACUGGAUGCAAUGCAGGUGAAUUAUGCUGGCCUCUGGACAAGAAGAGACGAACUUGAAACUGACCUUUCACAAGUAAAAAUUCAGAUAAGGAAAGCUGAAGCAGAGAUUUCAUCUAAACGAGAAGCUAUUCAAGAAAAGGCGACUCAGAAAAUCAUUUUCCAGAGUAAACCUGUUCUAGAAAUGGUGCUUGAUUAGCUGAAUUUUAGAACUUUCUCGAUGUUUAUAAAAUGCAAUGAAGCAACAGUAGUCCAGAUUAGGUAUCAUAUAAGUUCCGGCCCUGUCUAAAGGUUUUUUCGUCUUGUAAAUGUGUAUUGUCAGUAAAUAUUAUGGCAGAUGAUAGUUGGGACGACCAUCUUUUGCUAGACACCUCUUACAGUUUGCAAAAUCAUGCCACCCAUUGCUGCAGGUUGGGAUUAGCUGUAGUUGAUUGGUUGUAUAAAUGUUUAAAUGGUACUUUUCUUAAUAGAAUGAAAAUUCCAGAAUUCAGUU